AUGCUGGUUUUGUCACAAAUCCGUCUCGGGAAACUUGUAGAUAAGGAUGACAAUCACGAGUUACACAACGUUUUCGAAAACGGAACCAUCUUAGGCAAUGUUAGCAGGAUCGAAGAUCUAUCUACCGAGAUUGCCACGCCACAACGACCAGUCAUCGGCCCGCAAAUCCCAGACGAAGGUCCAAAUAACGAUCCAAAGAUUGAGGCAAACCUGCUUUUCAGAAACCUGAACUAUGAACUAGAACCGGAAUGCCUUGGGAAUAAAUGGACUUGGUGGUUUCGAACAUACGAAGGGCACUGUAAUUGGCUGAAAAAAGGUGAAUCGGGUGAAGGCUCAGUUGGAUCGGCCAGACCACGCGACUAUCAACAAUACACGUAUGCCGACGGCAUAUCCAAGCCACGAGAGGGACCAAACCCUCGGACCGUGAGUAAUGCAUUCUUCAAGAGGAAAAAGAAGAUUUACUACGACCAUACGCCUCUCCUUCUGGGGCUCAUCGAGUUCAUUAUGCAUGACGUUACAUAUAGUCAAGACUCUACCGACGAGUUUAUUGAAGUCUCUAUGCCAGAGGAUGAAGAGAUAUUUCCCCUGAAUACCACAAUUAGAGUGCCAAGAACAGGUGCCAUGCCUGGAACGGGCACGUCCAGAAGCAACCCUCGUGAAAACAUAAACAUGGCAACAACGUGGCUCGACAUAUCAUCGCUGUAUGGCAGUAAUGCUGAUGUAGCGCACCGAUUGCGAUCAAAAGUUGAUGCCAAGCUUCUCACACAAGAGGCCCAGCCGCCUGGCAACAGGGCAAGCGCCUCUAACCUCCCCUCCAACACUGUGGGUGUACCGACCAACACGCGUCCUGGUGUGAAGCCGGAAGAGCUAUUUGCUGGAGGUGAUCCCCGUACCAACGAGGACUGGCUACUUCUUGGUAUCCACACAGUACUACUUCGUGAGCAUAACAGGCUCUGCGACAUCCUCAGGCAAUAG